GGCCUUCAGUUCCAAGUUCCUUUUAGAUUUUUUUUCUCCCCUCCUUCUCUGCUCUGCGCACAAAGCCGGGCUAUGAUGAAACUCCAGCUCUGCCUUGCUUGCAGCAUUCACGCACGGCACAUGCUGGAAAUAAUUGUCCUUGGUGGAGCUCUGCAAGCUGCAGAGCGAUUUAACCAAAAAGAGAUGGAAAGCAGUUUUAUUUCUGCACUCUGCCUUUCAGUCUAGAGGCAGCCCCCGGCUACAGGGUGGCUCAGGGCAGGCUGGAGCUCGGGCUGUCCACAUCUGGAAGCCGUGUGACCGCAGUGCAUAGCACCAAGGCCGGAUUUCUGCUCUCCAUCACCAGGGAUCUCUUCUUGGCUAUCUCAGCUGGCUCAGUUCUAUGUGGUUGGUCAAGGUCAGAUGGGACUGCUUUCUGACCUGACUGGAGAUGAGCCCAAAUCCUUUUGCUGCAGAAACUCAGUGCUGGUGGCACAACCAUCCAGCCUUGGAUGCGCUCUUUUGGUUUCAUCAACUUUUGCUUUCCAGUGGAGUCUGGAAAUCUUUAGGAGAUCUGAAUGCUUGGAGUUGACCACACUCUUUCUGUGUGUUUUCAACCUUCAAUGCUAGCACUAUGUUUUCCUUUGGAGAUGCUAAAUAAAAUGUGCAGCUCCAGUCCAGCUGACUAAUAUUUCAGGUUAUCAAAAAUGACAACGAAGGAAGGAAAGACCUCCAGGAGGGGGACAAAAAUCCAUGUGAGUCACUCAGAUAAUCUGAGCCUGAAACCACAAAAUAGCGUUGCCCCAUUGCAAUGGGGUGGGAGACCAUCACCAUCCUUUGGGCUGUGGGGCUGCCUGAUGCCCAGGUCAUCACCACUGCUUAUCUCUACAGCUCCCUCCUUGCUCCCAGAGGACCCCCCAGGUAUAGACAGGUGACUGAAGGCAGCAACCCUGCGCUGAGCAUCCAUGAGCCAAAAGAGGAGGUUUGGAAAUUUUGGCUGAUGCUUCUUGGUGCCAUUGGCAGAUGGAAGGGUUUAAGAGGAUAGGAUGCCAGCAGCCUGAGGCUGUACCUCUGCGUUGAUGGUACCUCUUCCACCAUCUCAGCUGGCAUCUGGAACUGAUUGCUGCCAUUUCAGUGCCUGCUUGGUGAAAAGGACUGCUUGGUUUCUGGUGCCAAGCCUCUCCUCUGCUGGUGCUCCCAUCCCAAUCCAUAUUGGUAGUGCUGGUGCUUCCUGGGUGGUUGGGAUGCACUGUGAGGCUGGGAGGGAGCUCUGAGGUCUUUUUUUCCUACAAAUAACAUAUGAGAGACUUCAAAUGGGCGGUGCUAUCUGUGAUGGUUUGGGAGCACGUGUGUGACUGUGUGACAGCUCGCUACUUGGAAGGGGCAGAGCCAGGGAUGUCCUGUCCAGGUGGGAUGGGAUGCCCAGCUGAUGUGUCUGAUGUGGGCAGGGGGUGAUGGUGCUCAACCUCUGAGGAAAUCCGCCACCAAACUAACACAGAGCUCUACCCUGUGUGAGUAGUUCAGUGCAUUUAAAAGCUUCUGUCUGUUCAGUUCCUCUUGUUGGCAAAAGAGAAACCCGCCAGAGAGCAGCCAAGGGAGCACCUGAUGCGGCUGGGUGCCAAUGGUGGAAGGCCUGACUGCCUUUUGGCCAUCCCAGUGCUUCUGUUUGGCCCUCCUGACACGAGCCCCAAAAGCACAGAGGCAAUUGGCUCAUGGUGAUGUGAGAGACAGCCCCGACACGACCCUGUGGCAGUAGUAAGGAACAGAACGUCCACGUGGAACCGAGCCCCAACCCGGCACGUGGGGGGAUGACGCAGCGAAGUGCUAAAACAACACUUUGAGAACUGAGAAGGGCAUGGUCUGAGCUUCUCCUCAACCCCACACCUCCCAGCACUGCCGUUAAAUCUGUGCUGAAAAAAGGAUCAGCAAAUAUCAGGUUUGCCACGCGGAUGCACUGACAGGGUUGGGGCACUUGUGGCAGGGACAGCCCAGAGUGACAGCCCCGGAAGCACCCAGCAAGGGCAGGAGUGCAAAACCCCACGGUAAAUGGAAGGAGAAGGCGUUGCUUUGCUGCUGAGAGAGAAUUUAGGUGGCAGGGACGAAACAGAGAAGCGCUGUGCAGGGAGCGGUGCUGGGGCUGGAGGGCCGUGGGAGGGAGGUAACAGGAUGGCCCCGGGUACCGCUUCCUCGUGGCACCCCUCCAGCCGUCCCCGUCACCCCCUAGUCACAUCCUGCUUGCUCUGGCUCCUGCCUCAUCCUGCUGCCUGCAGUUUCUCAACCCCUUUCCCUCCUGCCAGCACUUUCUGGCUGCUGGGGUUGCUGCGGGGCAGCGGGGCUGGAGGCAGCUCUUGGAGCACCGGGAGAUUUAGGAUCGACGUGCUCCAUCCUCUCCUGUUUGACAGCAGAACUGCCAUUUAAGGGAGGGUUUGGAGGAGACAUCUUCCUCUUUCCAAAUCCUUCUUACCGGUGUAGCCCCCAUCCCGCAGACCCUGCAGCACGGAGCAUCCCGGCAUCUAUGGGAUCCUCACCCUUCCCUGGUCUUCCCUGGGCCCUCGCUUUGUCCCCAGUGCCCUUUCCUCCUCUGCAGCCCCAUCUCCAGGGGGGCCAUGUGCUGUGGGAAGGAUCACAUCCUGCUGCGGGACGCUCUGUGCCCUGGCAGGGCGCAGCUGGAGCUGGCACUGCUCUGCGCUGGGCUGAGCUGUCCUGGCUUCCAAGUGCUUCUGCAACAGCAGGAGACCUCAAGGGGAGUUCUUAGUGGAGCAGGGAGAUGCUGCAGCACAGCAGCAAGCUGGAGCUAUGGGGAGGGAGGGACUCUGCCACAGACUUUGUGGGCUAACCUUGGUCAAGACAGCUUUCUCCCCGCAUGUUUCUUGUUUUUUUUUUUUACCCAAACACAACGCUGCCUUUGCUAGCUGUGCUGGUGCAGAGGCUGGUUCCCAGCACCCCGGAGGAGGGCUGCUGGCUGCUGCCACAGCACUGCACUGCAGCAGCUCUGAGCUCAGCGCUCCGUGCUCGGGGUCUCAGCCCCAUUGCGGAGUUGCUGCCGCAGAGCUGGGACCGCUGGGACCCCCAUCCACAUCCUGCAUCCCCUCUUUGCUCCAUUGCCCAGCGCUGAGGCCUGGGCUGAGCGGCGGGCGGCGUCGCUUUGGGGUUUUGGCACACGGGGAACGCAGGUGGGUGGGGGAGGCACUUCCACUAUCCCUGCCGUUAGGGAGCACAGAGCCCGGGGUGCUGCGUUGUGCCCCCAACAGAAGGCAGGGAACAGACGGAGGAGAUGGUUGCGCCCUCCUGGGGCUCAGGGAUGGGGCUGCUGGGCUCUGGUGUGGUGCAUCCCUCCUUCCCCAUCCCUCUUCCCCACGCUCAGGGCAACGUGGCCACGCACGGAGCCAACCAGGAGCGAUGCGAGGAGGGUCGCAGCUCGGCGGGGCGGCUCUGGGCUCCCCGCUCUUCCCUCCAGACCACGCAACGGUUAAAUUCCUUUCCAGCUGAGCUGGCAAGCAGAGCCCGAGCAUAUUAGUCAGAUCCCUGUAGGGGGUGGGGAGGAGGAAGGAGCGAGCAGCGAGGAGGGGCCGCAGCCCAGCGCCGGGCUGAGCUAUUCUCCGGGGCGAGUGCGGGGAGGCAGCGCAGCAGGAGUUGCUGCUUCCCAGAAACUUGAUUAUUUUUAACCCAGGAAGAAAAAAAAAAAAAAAAAAAAAAAAAAAAAAAAAAAAAAAAAAAAAGGAAGGAAGGAAAGCGGGCAGAUUUAAAAAAAAAAAAAAAAAAAAGAGUGGGGGUAAAUCUGAAGAAACUGGAAAACAUGAGGUUGGCGUCAGCACACAGCUUUGCAGAGGGGAGAGAAGGGGCAGAGAGGUUCAGGCUGCCCUGGGAUGGGGAACGGAGCCCCAGUGGAGCUGCCCUGUGGAGUGGAGGAGAAAGCAAGGUCUUCUUUCUCACACUGCUUAACCACGUGUAGAUGGGAGCCUGGGCAAAGUGCAGAGACAUGUCGGUGUUGUUCCCAGCAUGACAUGGUUGUGUUGGGUCUGAGAUGCAGAGCCCUGCAGCGGUUGUUCAAAGCCCCACAGCUGGAAGAGCGCUGGGGAUCUGCUGCCCCACGCCCAGAGCUGCACUGCGGGCACAGGCACAGCAGUGUGGAUGGGACACGGUGCAUGAAGUCCUCUGUGAAGGGCAAACCCUUUCUGACCCAAAACAAAGUAUUUGUAUGACUGCAGCACCUGCACCUGGUUGGAAACUCAAUGUCUUCCAUGGCUGUAACACCAGCCCAAAGCAUUACAAGCCAUGGGCCCUUCCAGGAAAUAUCUGCAGUCCCUCACUGUGCUGCCCAGGGUGGUACUGGGGCUCCUGAGCUGCUGUGCUCAGCCUCAAACUGAGCUCCAUGGGGAACAUGACGUGAGGAAAUGUCCUAUAUCCACAGACACCAUGUGGAAGCAGGGCCACGACCCUCCCUGAGGAGGUUCUUCCAUGUUGGACCUCUGUGGGACUUGGGCUGUCAUCAGCUCUGCUCUGCUGUGCCCAGAUCCUGGAUAGUGAUGUCCACAUGAUGGCAUCAGAACCAUUAUCGCACUGGAGAAGAAGCCCUUAAUUUUGCAGACACAGCCAAGCCAGGUCAGAAAUUGGAUCCUGUUCCCCAAAGGCAAAGAAGUGACAAUGGCAAUCAGUUCAGCUGAACAGGCAGCAAGCCCCCCUCAAACUGCAGAGAAAACAAAACUCUUGACAAAGGCACUGCUGCUCCAUGGCUCCAUGUGGGGCUGCUGAGGGCCUUUGUGCUGGUUUGGUCCAUGGAGCAAUGUCACCCCAUCAUGUCCCAGCAACAGCCUCCCUGCCACCAACAGGCUCAGCAGUGCAUGCCCCAUCCCUGGAGCUGCUCAAGGCCAGGCUGGAUGUGGCUCUGGGCGACGUGAUCUGACGGUUGGGGCUGGAACUGGAUGAUCUUUGAGGUCCCUUCCAACCAAACCAUUGUGUGACCCGAUCAAAACAUGUGGCUCACUGGGUGCAAAAGUGCCAAGCCUUCCUCCUCACCUCUUCCUCUCCCAAACGCCAAGAGCCUUCAGUGGAGAGCUCUCCCAUGCUGGCACAAGCAAGGGCCAUGGGGAUGGGCCAGGAACUGCUUCCACCCCACGGCUGCAGUGGGAUGGAGCUCGCAGCAUCACCCUCCCCACUGCAUGCCCACAGGGCUGGGGUUUGCUGGGGGGCAAGGGUGGCAGAAGGCCCUCCGAAGAGCCCCUCUUGCUGCAGGCAGCCUAGUGCACUGCUCGCAGGGUAUUUUUUUCUUCCUCGCUCUUUGUUAAGCUCCCUUUCAGCUGAAAUGGCAAUGCCUGGGUGUUCUGAGCUGACAAUAAUUGCUGCAGUCUAGACACUGUCUGGUAUGAGGCACGGGGAAUCAAAGAGGCCCCUUCUCUCGCAGCGACUUUCACACAUGCUCCCUUGCUUGGGCUCCUUCCUUCUCCCUCUCCCAUGUUCCCUUGGUCUUUGCCUUUUUUUUGUUAAUUUUUUUUAUUGCUCCCCUCUAUCUGCAUCGCGCAGAGCUGGAGGAGAAGCGUCAGCAUCUUCCCCCACGCGUGCUCCCUCUCCGCCGUCUGUUCCAUGCUCCCCCUCUCCCUCUCUCUCUCCCUUUCUCAUCUGUCUCCUCUUUCUCUCCUUCCUCCACUCUUACCUUUAUGCUAUUCCCUUCCUCCCAAAGUUAGCAGAGAAGCGAGAGGGUGGGGGCUGGCUCUGCAGGAGUUUAACUCCUUCCUUACCCUCUCGAAGCGCUCCUCUUCCUGCUGAGCCCCUCCUGGCUGUGGGAGCCCCUACCCACCCCAUCCCUGGAUCCACAGGAGGUGCCUGGUUGUGCUGGAGUCACAUGCAGCCUCAUGUCCCGAUACCAUGGGCAUGGAAUCAUCCGUUCCUGCACCAUUGCUUGGCCAACAGCACGGCCAUUGGGAAGAGGUGUCCACUGGGGACCCAUAAGAAGGGGCGACUACUGGGGGUGCAUGGGAUGGCGUGUCCAUUGGGGACCCAUGGGAAGGGACGUCCAUUGGAGGACCAUGGUAAGGAGCAUCCAUUGAGGGCCCAUAGGAAGGGGUGUCCACUGGGGGCCCGUGGGAAGUCCCCCACGUCUCAACAUUGCAGUGGUGCAGAGCUGGGGAGGUGCUGCAGCUCCUCCAUCACCUCCUUGCCCAACAAGAAGGCAGCCAACGUGGGAGAUGUGUCAGAGCACCUCACUGCCACAACUGCACUGAUGGGCACACACAGCACUCGGGAGCAGCAGCUGUUCCCCAACAAAUAUUUGCUGGGGUGCAGGUGUGUCCCAGCUGCAGGAAACCCAUCAUUGCCUCUUUGGGUACUUGGGUUCUCCUUCCACCCACAGCAAAGCAAUGGGAGAUCUGCAGGCUGCACCAGACCUCUUUUGGUGCUGCCUCAGUCUGUGUGUUGCUGGUGUUUCAGUGGGAUGCCGUGUUGCAGUUCCAAUCAUGCCCAGGACUUAUUGUGCUAUCAUGCUAUUAACAGAUCAUUUCUAGCUCACUUCUGGACUUCUCUUAAUCUCUGCUCCCUGCACAAAUAGUGGCUUUUUCUGCAAAGCCCAACUAAAUAGCGCCGAAUUCUCAUAUGUGUGUUUUGAUUGCUGUCAAAUGCUUUCACCAGAGGGGAAACUGAGGCAAGGCACAGGGCAGCCAUCUGCCAGCCAGCAGGGCCCCCCCAUGGGACGUGGAGCUGCUGUGCAGCCCCGCUUGCAUUGCCCAGCAUCUCAGCGGCGGCGGUGCUGCUCGCCUACCACGGGAAAGUCACAUUAGGAAAGUAUGCAAUGUAUUUUUAACUGUCUAUAAUGCAAUUUAGCAGCUGGAAACGAGGACAGAAGCCAACCCCGUGCGACCAGCCAGAUCUCUGCCGUCCAUAAGCAAGAACUCGGUGGACGCGGUGUUAUUCUGUCAGGCUGGGGACCUUGUUUGGGAAAAGGGCAGGGAAGGGCCGUGUCCUCAAAGUCGGGCUCUGUCUCUAGCCAAGGGGUGAUGGAGCUUGGGGACCUCACUGGGGCAAAGAAAUGCUGGUGGUGUGACAGAGCAGGAGAGGAGACAGCCCCAGGGGAGGGAAACAACUGCUGGAGGUCAGCGGCAGAGCCAGGAAUAAAAUCCAGGUGUGCUGAGCUGGCGCUGGGUUUGUAUUCCCGCACGUGGGUGCGUGCAGCACUGCUGUCCCCAGGUGCAGAGAGAGCUUCUCAAAGCCACCGGUGCCCUCCGGAGCUCCACUGCAGGCUGUGGGGCAGCAAAUCUGCAGGAUCUGGGGGGAGAGAUUUGGGGUCUGUGUUCCCUGGAGCAUCCCAUACAGCACUGCUGGGUCCGGGCCCCGCUGGAAGGAUGCUGAUAAGGCAGCGAGGAUAAAAACACUGCCUUUAUUUUGAAGCUUAUCUCCAAAUCCUAAUGAAAACAGAUGAAGAGGGAAGGCAGGGACAUCGGAGGUGCAAUGGGGCUGGGGCUGGGCGGUGCUGUGCAGCAGAAUGCGGCUGGGUUGGGAGUCCAGUUGGCUCCAGCAUGAGAUACAGCACGGGGGGAGUGUGAGAUAACAGUAAAGCUUUGGGGCAAACCCAGCGAGCUGGGGCACAGCUCUUGGGUCCCACACAUGAGGGGAGAAAAGCUGGAGUGGCUGCAAUCCCUCUUCCUGCCCCACCAACACCCUGAAACUGAGAAUCCACUCUUAAUAAGGGACUUGAUGAGGAAGAAAAACCUUGAAACCAAGGAAACAAGGGAAGCAAAAGGGGAAAAAAUCCUUUGCAAGGGGUGAUGAAGUGGGAACGUUUAGCAGGUUGAAGGGGAGCCUGCUCCAGCAGAGGUCCCAUCCCGGAGUGGCAUCAGCUGCAGCCUGGGGCAAUGCUGUAGGAGAGCGCUGGGGGCAGGAGGUGGGAUGGAGGGGGGGGAGCAGAGGGCUGUGGAGAAGCUGUCCGAAGGUUCCACGGAAGGAAAUCCUUCCUUGCCAGAUCUGGGACACCCCUCACAUAGGGGCAGCGACACACGCCCUCCGUCGCCGCCGUUUUAACGCAGGGCGCAGCAAACCAUGGGGAGGGGGCACAACCCCAUCUGUCCCCAUUCAGAGCAGCGCUGUGGGGCGCACACCCCCAUCCCUCUCCUGUCCCCAUAGCUCAGUGCCCGGCCCCACUCGGUGCUGCGGGACCGUAACGUGAUAUUUCCCCGCGCGUCCCCCGGAGGGUUUUUUCCAUUACACAGAACGGAGCUGCCUGCGCGCCCGGCUCCCCCGCCUGCAACCUCUGGCACCGCUUUUCCAGCGGCACAUUGUGCAAAUGUAACCUUUCAGCAAAGCCACUCCUACGGCAGGAAGCCGUGGGGCCUCGGCUGCUGCCAGGAACGCAGCCGGCUCGGAGCUGGAAGGCAGCCCGUUAAUCAGAGCCGGCUGACAGCAAAGCACACAUCCUGGGCAACAGAUUUCUGCUCCCGCUCCCUCGCGCUCAGCCUCGCCUCGCCGUGCCUGCAUCGCUCCUGCUCGGCUGCUUUCUGCCAGCCCUUCUGCCUCCCCCUCCUCUUCCUCCUCCUGGGGUGUCCAGCAGGGUUUGCUCCUUGCUGUGCGUGGGGGCAGUUACCAGCCUGGGGGUCCUGCUGUGCAUGGGGGCCAAAGGGGUGUUUGGUGGGGCUGCCCCCUGUGGUCACAGCACCCACAGGACCCCCUGCAGACAGCACUUACAACCACACCUCAGCACCGUACCCAUCACCAUAUGGCAGCGCUGUGCUCAUGGUUCUGGCCUGCCUGAUGGAAACCCAUUGUGCCUAUGGGGUGUGGGGCCAUGGGGUGUGGGGCUGUUCCAGAACCCCCAGCCCUCCCCAGGCCCAGGGGACACCCAGCCCUGUGCUGCAGGCAACUUUGGGGAAGUGUCUUGCCCGCCUCCAGUUCACCAUCACAACCAAACGGGAGCUUUUCUAUGAGCUCAGAUAACAUGGAAGGAUUCUACUUGGCUCAUACCCGAGCUUCCUCCAUUUACAUCUGCACUCGUGCCCAGGUGAAGCCUAGCAAAGAGCAAGAGGUGAAUAAACCCCACCAUCACUGUCCCCAUGCAAUGGGCUUUGUAUCUUUUGCAUCUUGUUUCUUCCGGGACUUGAAACACGAAAGUGCUGCAUUGUAGUUUGUCUAUUUUUGUGUUGUUUCCAGCCCAGCUGGAAGCAGGAGGUAUUAGAAAAUGGCGAGGUGGGGGUAAAAAAAAAAAAAGAGAAGAAAAAGGAAAAAAGAAUCGAUCUGGCAAGAGUCCAUCUUCCUGCCAAAUCCACCGAACCCGGGAUGCUCGCGCCUUGCUCAUCCCAACCCAUCCCCUCGUGCCCAAAUGGCUUUGGGGAUGCUGCACAAAGCAUGGCCCCACUGCUGGCGUCGAAGCCAUCCCUGCAUUUAUUUCACCUUUUCCUCUGGUUGCGAAUUGUCCGGGAGCAGAUGGCGAUUUUCUCAAGUGUAUCCGUUAUUCGAAGUCGCUCACCGAGACAGGGAUGGCUCACACAAACCCGGCCCCCCUGCAAAGCCAUCAUUUGGUCUUUCCAUCUGCCCAGCCACUGCGUUUGGUGUGGGUUACAGCCAGCUCCAUGGGGCAGAGCGGGACGGCACGGCCCUACACGGUCAUCCCCUUAACUAUGGGACGUGGAGCCGUGACGGCCAGGGCAGCUUGGGGUGGAAAGCAAUCCCUGGAGCUGGGGGGACUCUCUCCUUAUGAGUCCCUGAAUGGGCUCCCAGGCCCAUCUGCUGCCACAUUCUGGCUGCAUUUUUCCAUUUUCCCUUCCCAGUCCUCUCCUUCUCCCCUCUGCAAAAGCAGCCAUGGGGCCGGGAGCUGCCUUGCAGGGAUGGGGCAGUGCGCUGUAACCGGAGCCCAUUGGGACCCCCUGCGCAGCCCCACGCCAGGAAUGUUGCUCCAAGGGGGGCUGCCAAGGGCUGACAAAGGGGGAACCGCUUUGAAAUGCAGCUUGCUGUCCCUCCCCUGUGGCUUAAACAAAUACCCCCCGGCUCAGGGGGUGCCUCCUCGCAUCCCACAGCCUUUUGUUGCCAAGCUUUUGUCUGGGGUGUGGAGAAAGGGCUGGGACCCCCCCAGCCUCCCCCAGGACACCCAUGUGGAUGGGGUCUGGGAUGCUGAGCGUGGGGCUGAGAGUGGCUCAGUGUCCCAUCAUAGGGCCUGGGGAUGCUCUCUGAGUCCCUUUGCCUGCUGUCCCUCUUGUCCCAUCCCCAUGGUGUCUCACCAUAGGCGAAGUCUUUGAGUCUCCACAUGGGAACUACCAUCAGCCUGUGCCAUUCCUGUGUGCCAAUCUGCAUCCAGCAUCCAGCUCCCAUAUGGGGGGGGCCCAAACCCAAAGCUUGAGGGUGUUGCAGAGCCCACUGCCCCUAGGAUUCCAUUAAGGGACUUGUAAUUUUGCAUCCCCAAAGGCACUUCAUGGAGUUUCCUUCCGGGGAAAAUAGUUGGGGGAAAAUCCUUUGAGGGGGGGUUGAACAACCCCAAAAUGCCCAAGGAAAUGCCCAAGGACAUGGCAGCGCUGGUCUGCAGCCAUUGUGCCAUGCAAAAGAACCUCCUGAAUUAACCACAGGAAAGGUAAAACUCAAAAUGAACCCCUUGCAAACCAGACCCAGACUUCUCCACCCUCCCCCCAAGGCACAAAGACAACAGAAGCCCCCAACUGCUGCUCACAUCCCUCCACGCCGCCCCAAAGGUGGGAGAUGCCCUGAGACACCCCCAACCAGUGCCAACGGGGCCACCAUGGGAAGGCUGGGUUGGGGUCGGGCAGAGCCCCUUUAUCCCUUUGCUUUUGGGGGUGGGUGCACAGGGGGAUCCCCGGGGAGGGGGGCACUCAGCCCUCCUCUGU